AUGGCAUCGGAGCAGCAGCAAUACUUUUUAAAAUGGAAUGACUUUCAAACUAAUAUGGUUUCUUCAUUCAAACAUUUAAGAGAUGAAAAGAGUUUCACUGAUGUCACAUUAGCUUGUGAAGGUCAAACCUGCAAGGCUCAUAAAAUGGUGUUAUCAGCAUGCAGUCCUUAUUUUAAAUCGUUACUUGAAGAAAACCCUUCUAAACAUCCGAUAAUAAUAUUAAAGGAUGUUCCAUUUAGUCACCUUCAAGCAAUUUUAGAAUUUAUGUAUGCGGGAGAAGUAAAUGUAUCACAAGAUCAACUUCCAGCCUUCUUAAAAACUGCAGAUCGUUUAAAAGUUAAAGGACUUGCAGAAGCACCUCAGUCAAUUAAAAGAGAAGGAUAG